AUGGUGGUGCUGAAGGGCGUCCCGGCGCUGCUGUCCCCCGAGCUGCUCUACGCCCUGGCGCGGAUGGGGCACGGAGACGAGAUCGUUUUUGCAGACGUGAACUUCCCCACCUCCUCCAUAUGCAGGUGUGGCCCGGAGGAGAUCCGUGCCGACGGCCUGGGCAUCCCACAGCUCCUGGAGGCCGUGCUGAAGCUGCUGCCCCUGGACACCUACGUAGAGAGCCCGGCUGCUGUCAUGGACCUGGUGCCCAGCGACAGGACGAAGGGCCUUCAGACCCCGGUGUGGAGGAGCUACCAGUCCAUCCUGUCCGGGGCCGGCUGCACGGACACCCUGGCGAAGAUAGAGAGGUUUGAGUUUUAUGCGCGGGCCAAGAAGGCUUUUGCUGUUGUAGCAACUGGGGAGACAGCCCUCUACGGAAACCUCAUCCUCAAGAAGGGGGUGCUGGCCCCCGACGCCCUCUGCUAG